CGAGCGAGGUGGUAGUACGUGGCAAGCAAAGCGAACGAAGCGCUGUCGUCUGCUUGGAAAUUGCCACUGCAGCAAAGCAGACGACGAAGUGGUGUGUGUGGCCGUCGUCUGCGGAGAAAAUGAAAACACUGACGGUGCUGUGCGGGUGUCAUUGGAGUGCGCGAUAAUUUCUUUCACGUGACCGUGCUUCUGUGGGUUAAUGCUGAAAGAAGUCGACGAGUGGAGACUAUGUGAAGCAGGAUAUUACUGUGAAGUCAGCGGCCACAAGCUACACCAAGUGUAGUUGAAACUCCUUGACCACCGAACAACUCCCAGCACGAGCAAGGUAGAAGACAAGAAAAAGCCCGACAUCACUGGAAGUGCAUAGCGAGUUUUUGCACCACGUGAUGCAUCAAUAUAUGCCAGGACAGCAAACAGCAUCCUGUCACUCAGCUUUACGAGUACCCCAAGAAACAGAAACGUCAAAGCGAAGUUAGAAUCUCCGUAUCCACAUAUGUGCUGCCUACCUCUGUCGGUCAUGGUACCCCGUACCCGCAGAAAAGUCCACGCGUUUCUAUUUUCUACUUAGCGACGCUCAGCAAAGAAAGUGGGCCAGCCAAGGUCUAGCGAAGCUGAAGGAUAACGACAAGAAAGAUAAGGAAGACAGGUUGAAUGUGAUGAACUGCGAAUGAAAUGAUACUCCCUCGCGAACUCAACGGUGCUCGAACUGGUCACGAUGUCACCCCUGCUUCGUCAUCGUCCCAUCCCACCCUCUCAGCGAUGAAUAUUCCCCCGUCCUUAUUCACCGCCAUGGACCCGGCCAACUCCGUCGUCCAGUCCCCGGAACAGCUGAUGGCACAGUACGCGGCCCAGAUGCUUCGCCAUCACCAGCAGAGCAAGCCCUACAGCCGUCGGACUCCGGCGGCGAAGCCGUACUCGUGCGACCAGUGCGGACGUGGCUUCAAGUACCUGCAUACCUUAAGGUUCCACGUGAAGACAACGCACGACAGCGCCGCCCCGGCGGCCGAGCCCCGACUGUCGCGCCUCAGACGCGACAAUUGUUCCUCGGUGCCGCAGAACUUGAGCAUGGGCGCCUCCGGAAACACUAACGCCAGUCCCGACGAGAAGUCCAUGUCCGACGUUGAGUCGCGUGAAGAAGACACUCGCGGACGCGACGCGGAGUCCCUAGAGCCAGAGUCGCGAGAACCGCGAGAUUCAGCUCCCGUCGGCGUCGCAGAACCUGCCGCGAAAGAACCGGUGUUCACGGGCAUGCUCUCCCUGAAGAAGGAACCCGUAGAAGCGCCUUUGGAUACCCCUACCUUCGGGCAGCAAGGCGGUGGACAGGAUGUCCAGGAAAGACAGCCGUGCAACAUAACCAAGAUGGACCUUCCCGUCUUUGCGCCGGGCUCAGUCUUGAACACGGCCACGGAUGUCUGGAGGAACAUGAAAAUCCAGUCUGAGGUGCCGCUCGUGAGCAAAGUGGAAGCCAUAUAUCCACCGACGGAGCAGCAGUACACCUUUUACAAGUGCGGCAUCUGUAGCGAGGCAUUCGCCAAUGUGAACGCCCUCUGCGACCACUUGCAGUCUCACACCCGCGCGAUUAAGGAGCACCACUGCGACAAGUGCGGCGCGGUCUUCAAGUGGCGAAGUCAGCUCAUGGUGCACGAGCAGGUCCACCAGGUGGUGGAGGGCAAGGGACUGGGGCACGUCCUCGGUUCCCUUCCCGAGGCACUGAUCGGUGAACCUCGCGUGUCGUUCGACCAGGCUCUUCAGCUUGGCGCUCUGGCCGGUCAGCAGCUCUUACCGAGUUUCCUGCAGCACGGACUGCCCGCGAUGAGCCUUCCACUAAGCCUACCCGGCAGCACAUCCGUUACUCCUUCUACGUCACUGAUGGAGCUGUCCACCUCGGCGAGCCGCGGCAACAAUGGCGGUGCCAGCAAGCCGGCCUGCUCGUCCGCGCCUCAGGACUGCGGGAAUGCGUCCACUUCACUGCGUUUGCCGUUUCAGUGCAGUUAUUGCUGCAAGUCUUUCGACCGCAUUUUCUCGCUGCAGCGGCACGAACGCAUUCACACAGGAGUGAAACCGUGUUACUGCAAGGCGUGCGGACGAGGGUUCAGCGAGCGGCGUAACCUGCGUCAUCACAUCAUUCGUUUCCACUCGGACGUCAGUCAGAGGGAUCAGCUGCGUAGAAGGAGAAGGGCCGCAGCAGCAAGGAGCCGCAAUGGAAACGCUGGAUCGCCCGGCGGAGUGGCAGGCGGCGGGGGUGGUUCACACAAGUUGGUGUCGUUUCUCAAGAAGACGGCGGUGAGGAUUCUCAACUCCAUGGACCAAACGAAAGAAGACAGCGAAGACGAUGAUGGGGUCUACGACGAUGACGACGCUAUGGUCGAUGAUGAUGAUCACGAUGAUGGGAGUGAUAAGGACUCUGAUCAUCUUCCUUUAAAGGAACAAGAGCCACUUGAGGAGAACAGCCUCCAGCAUCAUCGAGAGAAAGACGUUCAGAAAACUGAAGAAAAAGUGGUAGAGGAUGAUGUAGAAGAAGACAACCGAACCAUUAUCUACCCUCUGGAAUCUACAGACACAGUCCCACCUCCACAAGAAGUGCCGAAGACACCAUUUGCCACAGACGACAGGCCACCAACCAUUGCAGACGACACAAAAAAGGUGAUGACGACUGCAAACAAGCGGAAGAAAGGGAAACCUGUGCGGUACGGUGCGGUGGCCGCUGCCAUCUUGGGAUCGCCGAACCGUGAUCUGGAUAUGGAUGGGGACCAGUCCGGAAUCAAAGCGGAGGAACUGAGGGACGACAGUGCAGUGGAAGAACGUUCCGAAGCAGAGAGUGCGGACGAUGGGGGUAAUCCAUAUUCGGAAGAAGAAAUGGCAGCGUGGGCUCAGCUUGGGAAACAGUUUGUUCCAGGCAGCACCAGUGAAAACGGUGAUUCCUGCGGGACGACAAUACUGAAAGCUCAGUCGAGAGGGCACGGUUCGUUCUUCUCGAGCUACAACCCCAGGCUCGGAGUUGUGGAGAAUCCUAUUUCGAGGGACGAGGCGUGUAAGCCUCACGUGGGGCCUGACGGGAAAAUUAUUUAUCCAUGCUCCUAUUGCACCAAGACCUUUUGCUCGACCUCGGAUCUCAACCGACACAUGGAUUUUCAUGAAGAUGUUAGGCCUUUCAAGUGUCCAUACUGUAGUUACCAUAGUCGCACAAAUAGUCAACUCAAGGUUCACAUGAUGCGCCAUUGUGGAAUCAAGCAGUACCUCUGCCACGCCUGCAACUACAACGGAGUGACCCAGUCGGACCUAAACCGCCACUGCAAGACACGUGCCCAUGUGCUCCGCACCCACAACGUCUGUCCCCACUGCGGGGUCGGGUUCCACACCCGGCCCCUCCUCGAGGACCACGUCCGGGUGUUCGACCACAGUUCCUCGCCCGCCUGCAUCACCUGCGACGUCGACGACUGCUGCACCGACGACGGCGAUGAGGUUGAGGAGGCCAACAACAACGACAGGAACUUCAAGUCCCAGAAUGGUCACCACCAGCACGUUAUUGGGGACGCCAGCGGUGGCGAAACUGCGUCGUCCAGUGGACGUUCCUCGGAUGGAAGCAAUCUGUGCUAAGUGCAACUCUUGUCUCUUUUUUUUUUUUUUUUGUUGUUUCUUUUCCCAGCGAGGACUGCUUCUGUGGCAUAUACUUUUGGACGUGUGCUGACGAGGGGAAAUACUACUUGUUCUUCGAACUCAGGGGUCGCCUGGGGCGUACGCCCCCUGCGCUUUUACGAGACGGGUGUGCAAUUUGUGGUGCAAUUGAGUUAUCUUUUGUUGUUAUUGCAAUUUGUUGCGGGUUGUUGCGAAAGGAGAAUAGCGGGACGGUACAAACGUCGAAAGCAGUGUUGUAUGGUACUGGUAGUGUGUACAGUACUUUUUUUUAGUAGCAGUGUAAAGCUAACACUACUUUUUCUAAAUGAGAGGUGGAACGGUAAAGCUACAGUUUUAUAUAUCUAAGUUUAUGCGGGUAUAUUUUUUUUCACUUCGACGAAACUUGGCAAUCGGAGCAACUGACGUUAUGGUCAACACUAGUGGAAAGUACUGCUCGCGAUGCAAAGUACUUAAGUACAAUUUGAAAAGAAAUUGCUGAAUCUUGCUGUACUUCACAAAGUUACACAACCUUCUUAUUCCAGGUGCUGCAUCGCGUUUGAAAUUAUCCAGCAGUACUCCUGUUUUAGACCUGGUGUAAAUUUAUGGGCGACACUACUACUUUAGUACUUGAGUAACACACGUAGUACUGAACAACACUGUUUAGGGGGGGGGGGGGGGGGCAAUAGUGAGCUUGUGCAAAUUAUCGUUGUUUUUUCGAAGCAUAUUUUUCUUUCACUUUAGUAGGCUCUUUCUCUUUUUUUUUUUCACCUUUGUACUGUGUUUUCUUGUCAAGCUCACAAUACGGGUGCACAGAGCUUGCUUGGCCAAGCAAAGAAUAUGUAAUGUUCAGAUAGUAUAUGGGGUGUCAGACUCAUGCAAAAAACACUAAAUAGGAACAGUGUGUGAAUGUGUUUUCUCGUUUUGCAAAAAUCAACGCACAGUGGACAUGUCAUCCUGCAGUCGGGCACGACUCUUCCGACCUUCCUGGAAAACUAGAUUCCUCGGUGCCGCCAGCCGGUGACAGUUCGAUUCUGUUGUACUUGCACGGUAGUUAUCCUAAUAUCAAGAAGUAAUUGUAAGAAUUAAGCCAUUAAUGGAAGUGAGAACCGAUACGUUCGCUAAAACUUGAAGUUAACGCUCGAUUCUUUCUCUUUUUUUUUUUACAAAUGUUAGUUGGUGACGUGAUGGACGUUUCAGUGACAAUAACUCCCUUUAGUGGAGCAGAGGCAAGCGUCGAAUUCAAGUUGAGGGACCGUUGAUCUCGGUUGAAAUGUUGAUCAGCGUUGGUGAAAGCGGGCCUUAGAAGCAGCUUUGCUGUGCCCCUGUCAUGAUCAGCAGAGUAAACCUGCUUUCUUCAGAGCUUUAAAGUGAAUAAAGUGCAAUAUGAAAUUAUAACGUUGAGAUGGAACCAAAAGACGCGGACAGUGGUUAGAGAAGUAACAUAGAGGACAGGACUAACGGUAACUAAUAUGAUAUUAGUUAUUGUUAAAAACAUUAACCGCAAUCAGUAACAAAAAAUCCGGAGGAAGUCUUACACCCUUGUCACGCAGGCAGCCUUAACGGCGGUUACGCCGAGGUUACGCGUAACUACAGCCGCAGUUACAUGGUGAACGCGAAUGUGGUUACUUCAUUAACCGUGGUUAGCAUAAAGCUUGCUUGGCAAGCUCUGUUUUGUGCUGGGUAACUGACAAAAUGGCUGCGUGUGCAUCAACAUUGUGUGAAUCCGGUGGAUCCUCUUACAAAUGUGUCAAAUCCAAAUCCAAAAUGUGUCGAAUCCGAAUCCGAGUCCAAAUCCGAAUCCAAGGAAGGUUCUACGAAUCCACGAAUCUUUCGAAUCCUUUUUUAAAAAAGAGUUUAAAAAGCCAAGAAGAAAAAAAAAAAAAACUUCUAGAGAAAAGCAUUUUUAAGCAGAAUGUGAUGCCUUUGUUUCAUGGAAAAACAAGUUAAAUAAUAUGCUUGAGUUUCAGGAGAAAAUAUACCCACAUUGUUCUUGUUAAACGUCAUUUAUUUAACGCGUUGUUCAUCGACGACGAGAAACGCAUAAAUCCUCGAGUCUCAAGCAAAAACUGGGUUACUUUUAUACUUGUAAUUGUAACAGUUCCUGCCUCAACUCUCUCAGUCCAGAGCAAAGUAAAACAAACAAACAAGAAAACGCCUGUCGGUCAAUGAGGCUUUCGGCAGGCUUUGGAGCCGCCAGUUUGAUAAGAUUGGGUUGGGGGAUCCGAAAGAUUGGAUGCGCCAUUUUGGGGCACUAGGAUUCGGAUUCGCGAAUCUCGAAUCCCUGCCUAGGACUUGCGGAUUCGGUUUGCACAUCCCUACUUAAAGCGUAUCAAUUGGCCUGUCGCAACGAUGCAAGAUAAUAACAACACUGAUGACUUAAUAAGAAGAUGCAGAUGAUGAGAUGAUGAUGAGAAGAUGGUGAGGAUGAGGACGAGAAGAUGAUGAUGACAAAGUGCUUGUCGAGCGAGGAAGGCAAAGGAGGCUAUAAAAUGCGCGAGGUAGAAAACCAUUACGAUAUCCGUAAACUCUAUCGCCGAUUUGUGUGUAAUAGCAGCGAACCACGGUUCACUGUAACUGCCGUUUGGUUGGCUUACUGCCAUUAAACGUAACCGCAGGUAAAGCUCUCCAUGUGACAGGUAUAUUACAGGGUGACAGGAAUAGCACACUGACACGGACGACACACUGAAUUAGAAACGCACACUGAGACCGUAACUUCCAACCAUUUACUAAGGACGAAUGAGGAAUGAUACAAAAUCCAAAAUGCCACACAACCAACAUGGAAGCAGAUUCAAGGACGUGGCGCAACUCCCCCCCCACCCCCACCCCCCCCGAUUCUGACUCGCAUGCUUUUGUGACUAUUGUUUUGUGACUAUUGUGAGUAUUUUUUGUUUUUGUUUGUUUUUAUACAAAGGUAAAGAAGAAAAGAAAAAGAAAACACACAACAGUCUGAAGCAUGGGAGUCAGAAUAGGGAACAAGUAGCACCAUGUUCUUGAACCUGCUUCCUGUACUGUCUGCUUGAAUUCAAUGCGUGAUCCAAAUUAUUGAAUUCAACGAAUGAUCCGUUUCAUGAAUGAUCUCUAUCGAGACGUAGGAGCAGCCGCGAGCGUUCCCUUUUUUGUUUCGGUCGAAGUGUUCGCUUGAAAUGGUCAGUAAAAAGCGAGAGAAUUUGAAGCCAACAGCUUGGUGGACAAUAUUUCAUGUACUUCAUUAAUGUUUGUGCUGUGCAAAUACUUCAAAAUGUAGUGGAACUGUGCAGUGCUGGGUAUGAGGCAUCUCUCGCAAAACACGAGUGUUUGUCUGCAGUGUGACAUGUCAGCUGAAUCUUUACAAUUAGAAUAUUCUCGUGGCACCUUAGAGUGGACUAAUUAUACUCUUUAUUCAAAGUAGAUAUUUACAAAGGUGAAGGAAAUGAAACCAUUGCAUACCAUGUAAGACUGUCAUGUAUGAGGAGAAUUGUAACAUUGCUACUUGCAGAGUCCACACUGACGGGAUGGCAUGCAGUUUUUCCACCCCAUAUGUGUGUGUGUGUGUGUGUCUGCAUACAUGUAUUAUAGUGGAGUGCAAAAAAGCAUGUGCAGGCAUGUUUUGCUGCCAGCUUAAACCCAGGGUUUGCAACAAUAAGAGCUUUCUUGUAUACACAGUGCUUACAAAAUAGUCUUGUGCAAUUCUGUGCAAGAUGAGUUUUGUCUCUUUCGCAUGAUUUUUGUCAUUUUUUUCGUGACUGUUUUUUUUUGCACUAUGUGCCAGAACACUGAUACGGGUCCGUCAGAUCUGCAGCGCGGGCCACCGUUUUUUUUUGUCUGUCCUCUGUUUUCGGUGCCUGCCCCCAGGUCUGACAAGUUGUUUUUAUUCGCAACGAAUUACACUGUAUACUUAGCAGAGAAACAGCCAUGUUGUACAGUGCUGUUAGACGUUUGAGAGAAUUAUUUGUUGCGCAUUGUUACGAACAUGCUUUGGCUAAUUAGACAUGAUUGACGUACGUGUAAUUUAGUGUCUCAGAGAAAGGCAAUAAACAUGUCAAAGUAUG